AUGAACAGUGGAUGUGCAAAGCUUCUGGAAAUCCAAUUCAUCCAUGAUGGUUCAAUAUCGUGGAAUUGUGACAAGGAGAAAAGUAGUAAAGAGAGGCAAGGCGCUAAAUCAUUGCUUUCAAAAGUCCUGCGCAUUCGGUUUCAAAUCGUUCUAUACCUCAUAUUUGGCUAUAUGCAGGGUUCUAGCAGUGGGAAUCUGGGACCGUAUGUAUAUGACGAGGAUCCCAUGCUGGGUUUACUGCCGGGUCAUGGUGAAAAGCUGAAACCAAUGAACACUGGUUAUAAUGAAGGGAAGGAGAGAGAGAGAAUAGAAUGCCGGCUAUGUAAAAGGUUCCUCUAUCACCUUAAGGCUAGGAGGCGUAUUGGUGUAAAAUAA